GCACUCCGCGCUGUAUUUGCAUUGGCUUUCAUUGGUUUCAUAUUUUCGUUAUGUUUUGAAGACUGAUUCAUUCUCGUGUUUUGAAUGUGAGGUUUUAGAAAAGAAACCUAUCCUGUCGAAAAGUAGCUGUUUAAAUUUGGGUUGCGCAAGAGAAAGUUAUAAUUGUGAACAGCAAGUUUAAUGAAAUUUGGGAGAAGCGGAAUUCCAGUAAUCUCUGCCACAAUAAAGCAGUCACAUUCAUGCAAUACAUGUACAUAGCUAACUUGCGGUAAAUUUAUUCUUCAAUUUCUCUGGGCAUGCUGACUGCCUCUUUGGCACCAACUUCUAACGUCCCUUUAAUUGGUGAAAACGGACACCUACGUUCACGAUCAACGUCUCAGCAUUUUCAAGGAGAUCGUGCUAGAAGUGGUUGUCGACAACCUGGAAUAUCGACUCCAAGUGUAGAUACGUUAUCCGACUCAUUAAGUCUUGCAACAACCGCGACUGAGGGAACAAUUGGAGAAGUCUGGGAACGAAAACAAUACCCCGACAUGCCCCUAGGAUGUGCUAUCAUAAAAAAUCAGCCACCUUCCUUUUUAAAUCUCCCUAACCGUGUUGAAGAACAGUCUUCAGAAAAAGACCUGUAUGAGUUUUUGAAAGAUGCUGAAUUAGAACAUUACUACACUGUUCUCACUCGUCAUUUAAAGAUUCGAUCAGUUCAACAAAUCAAAUAUGUUGAGGACUCUGAUCUUGCAGAAAUGGGGUUUAGUCGACCAGAACAAAGACGCUUGCGUAAGCAUUUCAAGCGUGAAUGCCCACAAACAGCAAUGGGAAAACUACGAAAGCGAUUGGCUCGUUCAACUAGUGGUCGAUGCUCUUCACCACGAUUUAAAGAUACAUUGGACGGAUUAUCAUCGCGUAAUGUAAAUGUUCUAUCAAUUUCACUUGACAGUACACCAACAUCUGAAGAUGGUGAUUCAAAAAGACGUACUCUAUUGUUUACACAAGGUUCUAAGUCGGAGGAUCUUAAUAAGUGUUUAACAGAUGAUUUAAGCAGUUUAACUAUCGAUGGAGGUACUAACUAUCGAAUUAUUCGAUCAAGUGAACUUGAAAUAGGCAGUAGUCUUGGGGAAGGAGAGUUUGGAAAGGUUUUUCAGGGUGUAUGGCAUACAGAUGCAAGACGCGUUGUCCAAGUUGCUAUCAAGAUAAUGGAUAUUAAACAGAUCGGUGAUGAUACAUGUGAUUUCUUGAAUGAAAUUGCCACAAUGCAUCGAUUAAAUCAUCCAGAUAUUGUACGUCUUCUUGGAGUAUGUAUUGAAGUGAAUACAAUUAAGAUUGUUACUGAACUUGCACCACUUCGAUCUUUACUGGAAUGUCUUCGUGAAACAGAGUUGAGAUCAAGUUUCUCCGUGCCUGUAUUACAUAAAUUUUCAAUACAAAUAGCACGUGGAAUGAGUUAUUUAGAAGAAUGUGGUCUUGUACAUCGUGAUUUAGCUGCUAGAAAUAUUCUAGUAUUUUCUAAAGAUUCUGUGAAAAUCAGUGAUUUCGGCAUGAGUCGUGCUCUUCAACUUGGCAAAUCGUAUUAUCAAUCAAAUUUCAAUGUCAACCUUAAACUGCCUAUCGCCUGGUGUGCACCAGAGUGUAUACAUGAUUUACUAUUCACAACAGCUUCAGAUAUGUGGGCAUAUGGGAUUACACUAUGGGAGAUAUUCACCUAUGGAUUUACACCAUGGGCUGGUCUUACUGGACGACAGAUACUAGAGAUGAUUGAUGCUCCGAAAUUUGGUCGAUUAGACCAACCAGAGACAUGUCCGGAUCCAAUUUAUGAUGCUGUAAUGAGAGCAUGUUGGGCGCAUGAACCAAAAGCUAGACCAACUUUCAAUCAACUGUUAGGUAUGCUUCCACGUCUUAGUCCUGAAGUUUGGAUAACUACAAGUGAAUAUCGGCCAGAUUCAGACCCUAAUAUGGAUACAAUUAGUACAACUGAAGAAUUUCCGUACAAUCCUGGAUUUCGUCCGCAUGGAACACGAUCACUAGGUCGGCCAUUGUUUAUUCGAGCAAAUGAAACAGUGUGUGUACUCGGUAAACGAAGUAGUACAACAUGGAAAGUAGUCAAUUUACGUACUGGUCUUGUUGGUUGCAUUCCAUCGAGUAUUUUAAAACCGUAUACAUGCGAAAAAGAUUCAUCAUUUCGUGAUCAAACAUCAGCUACGAAUAACAAUAAUAAUAAUAAUACUUCUGGAAAUUCAAAUACCCUGGGAUUAGUAGCGAAAACUCGUCUGCGCAUGAGUAGAAGAGAAACAGUAUCUCGAUUCAGUAAACUCAGUGUUAUCAUACCUUCUGAUGGUAUGAAUAAUAAUAAUAAUACCUCACGUUCACGUGGAAAAAUUACAGCCGAUCAAAUCAGUCUUCCACAGAAUGAUUUUCGGCAUAUUGGACAUGUUGGUUCAGAUGGUCGGACAUUUGGCGAACUUGGUCUAGUAGGAAAAAUAAUCGAUUCAAAAGAUGACCUGUCUGAUACUCAGUCAUUUUAUGAUUUGGAUGUAUCUGAAGAGAAAUUCAAAGGCGAUUCAAAGUCUAGCAACAAAGCAAGUACUUUACAGAUUAAUCCUGCGUAUAAUAAUAAAAACCAUCCAGAGGUGAUUAAAACAAUUCCAUUGGAGACAGAAUCAUUAUCAGUAAAAGAUUUGAGCAGUCUACAACAGCAACAACACCAAGCACAAGUACAACCACAGAAUCAGGGUCAAAAGGUUAAAACACUUGAAUCGCCAAAAAAGCUGUUCACAACCAAUAAAAAUUACUUCACAAAAUCAUCACAAAUUGGAAAAGGCUCACAUAGUAAUAUUCAGUUACAACAACAACAGCAGCCUGAAAAAGAGAAACCUCAGACUACUGAUGAUAAUGAUGAAACGGAUAAAUUGUUUGAAGAUAUUAAAUUUGAUAUAAUUUCAGAGUCAAAUGGAUUUGAUUUAGGCUCAUCUUUACUGGACGAAGUAUUCAAAUGUUUUCAAAUGGAUAAGCCUACUGAGAAAAUGAUGAAUAACAAUGAAACUGAUGAGAAUAACAAAAGUGAAUUGACCAGCACUAUAAAAGAGAUCGCUAGAGAACAUUCAAGUAAUCCUAUUCAACAAUUAGAUUCUUUGAAUUGUCUUGGUAACAGCUAUUAUGGUGAUGAGGGGGGAAAUAAUAAUAAUAAUAGUAAUAAUGAUGUUAAUGAGACAAGCGGUUUCAGUAGCACUUUGAGUAAUAAUUCUACAAUGGUGAAGUCUCCGGUUACACCAUUGAAGAAUAUCAAAUCUGAUCUAGUUGAAACUAGAAGAGUAGUGUCGAAAGGGUAUAACGCUGCCAAACCACUGCAUACUACCACUUCAUCUUCACCGUCUUCUAAUUCAAUAACAAGAAAAAUUUUAACUAACGGUAGUUUAACACAUCAUAACAAUCAUCACCAUCAUAGCGUACAGGCAACCAGUAAUGUUAACAGCAAUAAUAAAAACGAUAAUACUAACAAUAACGCUGCUAACAUAAUUACUCCAUUUAUUUCUAGUCCAUCGGAUUGUAUAAACUCAUUGAAUUAUGAAUCAGCAGAUAAUGAAUUGACUAAUUCAAUUAUCCAUGACAGUUAUAUGAUGAAUGAUGUCGUCGACGGUGAAGCCGAUGGUGAUGGUGAUGUUAAUCAUUUAAAGAAAUUAAAAUCUGUGCAGAAAACAGAACACAAAUCGUUAUGGAAACGUAGUUCCUUUGGGAGUUUAACACGUCGUAGUUCAUCUGUGUCGAAAACACUGCAAAGAAAUAAUUUCAAUGGAUUCAAUCAAUCAGAUCAUGAUGAGAAUAAACGAUUGGUAAUAAGCAGACCAGUUCUGCUAAGUCGACCGAAUUCAAUUACUCAAACAUCUCUAAACAAGUUACCGUCGAAUUCUUCUUCAUCUUCAAUUAUUGGUGGGUUAACUGAACCAAGCAGUUUAGGCAGUUCAACAAGUCGUGGAAGCUCAUUGACUGUUGUUUCUUCUUCCAAUGGUUGCAGCGGUGGUGGUGGUGUUGGUGGAUGUGAUAGUAGUAAUGGAGGAUAUGCUUCAUCGGUGAAUAACGUUCAAGAAGAAUUAUUAGCACAUUCAUUGAAUACAGAUUUUGAUCAAGGCCAACAGCAGCAGCAACAACAACCACUAUCGUCAGCAUCAUCGUGUUAUUAUGAAAUAUCAACGAAUGCAUCACUUUCACCAGCGCCUAGUUUAUCAUCAAUGACAUCAGUUUCUGGUGGUCUACCGCAUUCAUUAACAUCUAGCAUUAUAAGUACAACAACGAAUACAAAUAAUUCUAGUACAACUGCGAAUACAACCUACUUACUGCCUAAUUCUAGUAUUACAUCAACUGCUCAAGGUUGUCUACGAGCUUUACGAUCUGGUGAUACAGUAUUUCGUGCAUCAACAAAUAUUUCAAGUGGAACUUUAAACUCACGCAGAAAAAUAAGUACAUUGUCGAGAACAAGUGUUACAAUGAUGACAGAUGAAAGAUUCAGUAAUUCAAGAAUCCAAAACUUAUCUCCAUCUGCAACUUUGGUUAACUUAUCAGCUAAAAAUGUAUGUGACACUGGUGUCUUGUCUUCGUCGCCACCGUCAUCCUCAUCAUCAAGUCUACUACGGAAUAAAUCAAAGUUGCUGUUCAAUCGUGAUAUCUACCAGCCAUCAAGUCAGAUGAGUCCAAGUCAUUCUGCGUUUUCUGCUGUUACUAAUCCCCUACAGCAUAAAGAUUUAACGCGUACACACGGAUCACAUCUAUCGUCAUCGUCUUCGUCUUCGAUAUCAUCGCCUACUACUACUUCUACUACUACUACUCCUUUCGCUUAUGAUUCAAAUGGACAGUAUUCACAGAAAAAUAAUAAUCAAACGAAGUCGAAUCACACUACACUGUCACAACCAUCAGCUGCACCUCGAUCACCACUAACAACUAGAACAAUAAAAGAUGGUGAAAACAGUGAUAACAGGUCUAGCAUGGAUUUAGAUUGUGUUGUGGCAUCAUUUCUAGGCAAAGAUUUUGCUGAUUUCCUGAAUAAAGACAUCAAUAUAUCUGACUCUUCAUCGUCAUCUUCAUCGUCAACAUCUUCCAAAGUGCAAAUGAGUAAAACUCGAACCGGAUUGGAUGUUCAAACAAAUUUAUACAGAUCACCUUUCAAAUCAAGUCUAUCUAGGCUACCGAGAGGUGGUAGUCAACGUGAUAAUAAUGAUAACGGGGAUAAUGGAGAUGUACUUGCUAUUUAAUAAUAAUGAUGAUAAUCACAUGUCUACACACACACACACAAGCGUUCGAAGUCAAACGCGUAAAUAUUAAUUUCAUAUGAAUAUCACUUAUGAAGAAAAAAGUUGUAAUGAUGAUAUUUUUCUUCAGUUGCAUUUCACACAAACAUUUCUCAUCUUCUACUAAUUCUUUUCGUUUCGCUUCAACAGACAAUUGUUCCCUAUUUUUUUCGUUACCAUAAAUGAGGGUAAUUCACUGUCGCGGUUGUCGUUUAUUGUUGCUAUUACUUUUCUGAUUGUUUCGUGUUUCUGUCUGAUGAAUAACCAUAUCUCACCUUCCGUAAAAAUGCACUGAUCAUCUGUCUGUCUAUCUCUGCGCAUCGAGCUGUUCACAUACCAUUAUUUCUCUUUAUAUUUAUCCAUUUUAAUGAUAUUCAUAUUACAACAGUACUUAUUUAUCUACAUCAAUUGAACUAAGUAUCUCUAAGGCAUUGAGUUAAGCCUCAUGUGUUUUUCUUCAUUUUUAUGGUUUAUCUUUCUCUGUUUCCCUGCCUAUAUUGUGCAUUCUACAAAAGAUAUUCAUGAAAUGUCAGUAGUAUUCUCUAAAUUUCCUAAUCUCCCAUCCUCCGACAUUGCUCCGAUCGACAGUUGUAAUACAAUUGUGUUUCUGAGUAAAUGUACCCUUAUCGUCUUAAUAUGAGUGUGUGUGUGUGUGUGUAUACGUGUAUGCGCAUAUAAUUAAUUCCAUUGAUUGUUAUUGCCUUCAUAACCACUCAUUUGAACUCUUACUUCACUCCACCCCCGGUGGCUUUGUAUAAUGAAUCUUAUCUAUACAGAAGCUUUGUGUGUGUGCGUGUAUGUGUAUUUAUGUGUGAAUGGAUCAAUAACACAUUUCAUGAAAUAUACAUAAUAUUAUACAAUAUAGACGAUACUAAUGAAAUGUUCUUCUCUAGUCUAUAUUAUAGCCCUUUUUUCCUCUUCACUAGGCAUAUAUACGCCUAACUUUCAUGAUUAGUAAUACUAUUACACUUACUAUUUAACUCAUUCUUUUCUUAUCUAUGAUACUACUACCACUACUACUAACGAAACUACUUAUAUGAGUUUUUUUCUAUGUGACCAAAUAGGAAAUAUUUGUUUUUAAAUAUCAUUUCUAGUGUG